CAAUGUUACCCUUUUUACUUUCUGGAUUGAUUUCUUUGGUUUACGAGAAAGAUACACAUUUACAUAAAACAGUUUGCAGAUUUUAUCGGACCUUCACUCAACUCUUGUUAAUUGUGUAAUUUAUAAAUGAAGGUAACUAAUGUAACACCCACUUUUGAUCACCUAACACUUCAGUCCAUCAUGUGACCGAGGAGUUAAUUUUAAAUAAAAAUUGCUGAUAAAAUCUGCAAAAUAAUGUCACUUCAUUAUCGAUUGAUACUUGUUCUAAUCAGUUUAAGUGCUGCAACUUUAAGCUGAAGAAACUCUUGAAGAUUGCAGGUCGCAUAUUGUUCUUUAAUGUUCAAAAUGGUAUUUUCAAGUGUGCAAAGGUUACAUACAGUCAUCCAUUAGAAGCAGUGCAGGUGAGUAUUUAAUAUAUUUUAUUAUUUAUUAUUAUUCAUCAUCGUUUCAUAAUGUCUAGAAGUCUUAUAAUUAAUAAAAGAACAAUUCAAGAUAUUAAAAGUACGUUACUACUUUUCUUAUCUUACUAAGAUUAUAAAUGAAAAAAGGGUUGUUUUGGCUGUUCGUUUGGAAGUAAAUACGAGAAGCUGCCGGACAAUGCAUAAUAUAGACGAAUUGGAGAAAUAGAACAGGAAAACAAUGCUGCUAAUGAGUACGUAUAGUUAUAUGCUGUGUAUGUACUUUUUUUGUAUUUUGGAAGUCGUAUAACUCAACACGACGUCAUCGUACGUGUUUGAGACAGGGAUAUGUUUUGUUUCAUGCUUUUGUAUGCAUAUCCUGAUGAAUUUCAAAUUGCGAAUUUUCAUUUUAUGGUGCCUACUUUAUAAAUGGAAACUAAUUUGCAUGUUUCUAUUCAUUUAAGACAAAUAAUCAUUCAUUCCAGGCAAUCUCCAUGUUCAAUGGCCGUACAUUUUAUGGCCUGCAGCUAGGUAUCACUAUGGAUAAAGGAUCUAGUGAAGAUACACUACCCCGUGGUCUAAGAGACUUAGGUCCCGGGCUAGGAAAGAAUGGGAAGCCGGUGACAAACAUAGCUGUUCAAUACGAUAGACUGGUCAAGAAAAAGUCUACUUUGAUAAACUCCCUUUUAUUCGUUGAUGUAGAUGAAUAUACGGCUAAUGUUGCAUCCCAAAAUGUUGUGUUUAAUCCUUUUAACCUUGUACAAGAUUUUAUAAGGGGGGUUGAGAUAAGGAAUUAUAGACCAGUAGAGCAUGUUCCGGGAUUGCCCAUCCAAAAUAUUAUAUCACCUCAUGCUCCUAAUCUUAUGCACGAUGCGGUUACCUCUGUCGGCUUAAACAAUAUUCCCAAUACGAGUGUUCCACCUACAAAUGUGCUUCAAAACGCAAAUGUACAUUGUAAUCCUUCUCAACCCCACGUUAUGGCUCAGAAUGCACUUCAGCCUCAAGGCUUGUGGCACAAUAAUGAAUAUCAGCCAAUGCCUCCUGUACCUUCGGUUCCCAAUCAAGCUAUACAAGCUCCUAUGCCAGAUAUGAUUCCAAAUAUGGACGUAGCUCAAAAUCAGGAUUGGCAGUUUAUAUCUCAACCUCCUCCCAUUAUUAAUGGCCCACCAAACAGCCCUCGUAUCAAUGUAGGUGGGAAUACUUGUGUAGCUGACUUUCGUAGAGACGUGGCUUUCCAAAAUGUGCCCAACCCCGUAAAAUUCGCACAGCCUGAGGCCGCUACCGUCGGACAAAAUAAUGUCUUUCCAAAUGCUUCGAACCCUAUCAUAGAAAUCACACCACCUGAAAUACGCAAUACAGUCGUACUAAACAAUAUACCACCAAGCACACUCAACGUGUUGCUCGAAAGAUUGAACAAAUGUGGAAAAGUGAUGUCGAUCCAUUGCCCGUAUCAAAGAUGUGCGGUUGUAACAUUCGCGACACCUCAGCAAGCUGAGCGCUGUAUUUUGAUGUACAAUGGAUAUGUGGUUGGAAACUGCAUGAUACAAGUGACCUACGCUUAAACAAUAAUACCAAAAAGAAGGUAAAAGAAUAUUAGUAGCACAUCAUUAAUACCGAGAUUUUGCAGCAAUGACACUUGCUUCAUACCAUCUUAGAAUUUCACCAAGUAACUAGAGCCAUAGGGAAUCACGGCUUGGUCUACCAUAGACAAGGAGCUUGUAGGCCUUGGUAGCCAAAAUAAUAGGGAGUAGCCAAAAGAGCAUCUGAGCUUACGGCUAGAAAUGGAAUACUAGAAACUUUCAUUGUAGAAGGUCUGAUGAUGGUGAUUGGCAUGGCUGGCAAAUUAUCAUCGGAAAAGUACGUCAAUAAAGUAGACAAUAAUCAGAUGUGAUCUAAAUUUUAUGAACAUUAAAUCGUAAAUCAAAUAAUAACUGUUCGUCAUUAUGUUUAUUUUUAAGUUACAUCACAUUUAUUAAAAUUUCUGAAAUUAGGUGAUAAGGUAACAGUUGAAACCAUCUUAUCAGAAUUAGUUUCUAGUUUAGAUUGCAUUGAAUCUAUUUCUCUGGGUAAUUCUGAAUGAAAGGUCCGCCAUCUUUAGGCCUCGUAUUUUAGAUAUAGCUAUGCUUGCUUGGUCCCUAAAGUGCCCCUUCCCUCUUUCAUCUUUAACUCUUGGUCU